AUGAGAAUUUUAGAUUUUAAUGUAUUAUCUAUACAUAUAGAGAUUGAGGUUUUUAAAUUUCCUUCACCGUGCGUUGAGGAUCACAAGCAAUUACGAAUCGAUUUCAAAUUUUUUACUUCUGAAGAAAAUAUGAUCAAAAUACCCAGGAGCGACGCAUGUCUUGGAAUGAAAGAAAAUUUAAUGUCACUUAAAGAACUUGUUUCUAAAAAGAGCGAUGAUGAGAGUGCAUUUAAUGAUGAUAAUAUCAUUAACAUUUUCAAAAAAAAAUUUAAUAAAGUUGAUCAAGAGAGUAAGAGUAAUAAAGUUGAUCAAGAGAGUAAGAGUAAUGAGGUUGAUCAAGAGAGCACAAAUAAUAUAGUGUAUAAAACGGCGAAUAAUAAUAACCUGGAAAUGUUGGUUGGAAGCACUGAGAGAACAGAAAGGGUGCUUUCUUUGGAUACAGAAUCUUCAACUAGUCAAGGUCAAGGAUAUCCAAUCAAUAUAUAA